CUCCUGCCCCUGCGGGAGGGACCCCAGGAACCUUCAAGCAAACCAAAGCGCAGCGAGCCCGGACUAUGGCUCUGUACAACCCCAUCCCUGUCCGGCAGAACUGCUUCACCGUCAACAGAUCGCUCUUCCUCUUUGGGGAAGAGAACAUAGUCAGGAAAUAUGCCAAGAAGCUCAUCGACUGGCCUCCCUUUGAGUACAUGAUCCUGGCAACCAUCAUUGCUAACUGCAUCGUGCUGGCUCUCGAGCAGCACCUACCUGAGGAUGACAAGACGCCCAUGUCACGGAGAUUAGAGAAGACGGAGCCCUAUUUCAUUGGGAUUUUCUGCUUUGAGGCUGGGAUUAAGAUCGUGGCCCUGGGGUUCGUUUUUCACAAGGGCUCGUACCUGCGCAAUGGCUGGAACGUCAUGGACUUCAUCGUGGUCCUUAGCGGCAUCCUUGCCACUGCUGGGACGCACUUCAACACCCACGUGGACCUGCGGACGCUGCGGGCCGUGCGCGUGCUCAGACCUCUGAAGCUCGUCUCAGGCAUUCCCAGCCUGCAGAUUGUGCUGAAAUCCAUCAUGAAGGCCAUGGUGCCUCUCCUCCAGAUUGGCUUGCUGCUCUUUUUCGCUAUCCUCAUGUUUGCCAUCAUUGGCCUGGAGUUUUACAGCGGGAAGCUGCACCGAGCCUGCUACACGAACAAUUCAGGUGAGCUGGAGGAGCUGGACCCGCCCCAUCCAUGUGGGGUGCAGGGUUGCCCCCCAGGCUAUGAGUGCCGGGAGUGGAUCGGUCCCAACGAUGGGAUCACGCAGUUCGACAACAUCCUUUUUGCUGUGUUGACCGUCUUCCAGUGCAUCACCAUGGAAGGGUGGACCACAGUCCUGUACAAUACCAAUGAUGCCUUAGGAGCCACCUGGAACUGGCUGUACUUCAUCCCCCUCAUCAUCAUUGGAUCCUUCUUUGUCCUCAACCUUGUCCUGGGAGUGCUGUCAGGGGAGUUUGCCAAAGAGCGUGAGCGAGUGGAGAACCGCCGAGCCUUCAUGAAGCUGCGGCGCCAGCAGCAGAUCGAGCGAGAGCUCAACGGCUACCGGGCCUGGAUAGACAAAGCAGAGGAAGUCAUGCUGGCUGAAGAGAACAAAAAUUCUGGGACCUCAGCCUUAGAAGUGCUCAGGAGAGCCACCAUCAAAAGGAACCGGACGGAUGCCAUGAACCGUGACUCAAGUGACGAGCACUGUGUUGAUAUCUCCUCUGUGGGUAACCCCUUGAGUCACUCUGGCCUCAAAGGUGCCAGAGUGGAUGGUGCCUCUUACUUACGGCACAAGGAGCGACUCCUGCGCAUCUCUGUUCGCCACAUGGUGAAAUCCCAGGUCUUCUACUGGAUCGUCUUGAGCCUGGUGGCUCUCAACACGGCUUGCGUGGCCAUCGUCCAUCACAACCAGCCAGCCUGGCUCACCCACUUCCUCUACUAUGCAGAGUUCCUGUUUCUUGGGUUAUUCCUACUGGAGAUGUCCUUAAAGAUGUAUGGGAUGGGGCCACGCCUUUACUUCCAUUCUUCCUUCAACUGCUUUGACUGUGGGGUCACAGUGGGAAGCAUCUUUGAAGUGGUUUGGGCUAUCUUCAGGCCAGGAACCUCUUUUGGGAUCAGUGUCCUACGAGCCCUUCGUCUCCUGAGAAUAUUUAAAAUAACCAAGUACUGGGCAUCCCUGAGAAAUUUGGUGGUGUCACUGAUGAGCUCCAUGAAGUCUAUUAUCAGCCUACUCUUCCUGCUCUUCCUCUUCAUUGUAGUCUUUGCCCUCCUGGGAAUGCAACUGUUUGGAGGCAGGUUUAACUUCAUGGAUGGGACGCCAUCAGCCAACUUUGACACUUUCCCUGCAGCCAUCAUGACGGUGUUCCAGAUCCUGACGGGUGAGGACUGGAACGAGGUGAUGUACAACGGCAUCCGCUCCCAGGGAGGCGUUCGCUCAGGCAUGUGGUCCUCCAUCUAUUUCAUCGUCCUCACCUUGUUUGGAAACUAUACUCUGCUGAACGUGUUCUUGGCCAUUGCAGUCGACAAUCUGGCCAACGCUCAGGAGCUCACCAAGGAUGAGCAGGAGGAAGAGGAGGCCUUUAACCAGAAGCACGCCCUUCAGAAAGCCAAAGAAGUCAGCCCCAUGUCUGCCCCAAACAUGCCUGCUAUCGAGUAA